AGUGUGCCUCUGUCCUUUGCCACAAACAUGAGGCUCAAAUUCCCUCUCAUGGCCAUAGUCCUGGAAAUUGCCAUGAUUGUUUUAUUUGCAUUAUUUGUUGAGUAUGAAAUGGACCAGACUACUCCCCAGCAGCUCAACAUCACCACCUCAACAGACAUGGGCAAAUUCCUUGAGUUAUAUCCUCUGUUCCAAGAUGUACAUGUUAUGAUAUUUGUUGGGUUUGGCUUCCUCAUGACCUUCCUGAAGAAAUACGGCUUCAGCAGUGUGGGUAUCAACCUACUCAUUGCUGCUUUGGGCCUCCAGUGGGGCACUGUUGUACAGGGAAUCCUGCAUAGCCAGGGACAGAAAAUUACCAUUGGAAUCAAAAACAUGAUAAAUGCAGACUUCAGUACAGCCACGGUUCUGAUAUCUUUUGGAGCUGUCCUGGGAAAAACGAGCCCCACCCAAAUGCUGAUCAUGACAAUUAUAGAAAUUGCUGUAUUUGCUGGCAAUGAAUAUCUGGUUGGUGAAAUAUUUAAGGCCUCUGACAUCGGAGCAUCAAUGACGAUCCAUGCCUUUGGGGCCUACUUUGGCUUGGCUGUAGCAGGCAUCUUGUAUCGAUCUGCACUGAGAAGGGGGCAUAAAAAUGAAGAGUCCACUUACUACUCAGACUUGUUUGCAAUGAUUGGGACUCUCUUUCUAUGGAUGUUUUGGCCCAGCUUUAACUCGGUCAUUGCUGAACCUGGAGACAAACAGUCCAGGGCCAUUGUAAACACAUACUUCUCUCUCGUUGCCUGUGUGGUCACAGCCUUUGCCUUCUCCAGCCUAGUGGAGCGCCGAGGCAAGCUCAACAUGGUUCACAUUCAGAAUGCCACCCUUGCUGGAGGAGUUGCCGUGGGCACUUGUGCGGAUAUGGCAAUUCACCCAUUCGGUUCUAUGACCCUUGGGAGCAUUGCAGGAGCGGUCUCUGUGAUUGGAUACAAGUUCCUGACUCCACUUUUUACUACUAAACUGGGGAUCCAUGAUACAUGUGGGGUCCAUAACCUCCACGGCUUACCUGGUGUAGUGGGAGGCCUUGCAGGCAUUGCGGCAGUAGCAUUGGGCGCCUCCAACACGUCUGUGGCCAUGCAGGCAGCUGCACUGUGUUCCUCUAUCGGAACAGCAGUUGUUGGAGGUCUGAUUACAGGUUUAAUUCUAAAGUUGCCUUUUUGGGGACAGCCAUCUGACCAGGACUGCUAUGAUGAUUCUGUUUAUUGGGAGGUACCUAUAUUGAGAGAACCUGACCAUCACUUCCAUGGACAUGGUGACCACAGCCAGCUGGAACCUGAAGUCUAAACACCA